UUUAGUAAUACGAAGAUCUUGUCUUCUUGUCUCAUACAUUUACUGACAAAAUAUAUUUUAAGAUACAUUAUUAAAUAUGGAACACGUAUCAAAGACACAACUUUAUUUGAAAGUAAAGAAACCUCUGUUGGAGCGACAACGUCGUGCACGUAUCAACAAGUGCUUGGAUUCGAUGAAACACAUUGUUGCGGAGUUACAGGACAGCAAUGCGAUCCUGCAUAUGGACAAGGCUGAAAUGUUGGAAGCAACAAUUGCUCACCUCCGCAAAACUAAAUACAUCAACAACCAGAACAAAUACACACCAGUGGACGGCUUUCGCAAUGGAUACAUUAAUGCUGCAAAUGAAGUUUCACGUGUUUUGGCAUCCACUCGUGGUAUAAGUGCGCAAUUGGGAAAAACUGUUAUGACACACCUUGGUUGCCAAUUUAGUCGACUUCAGGAUAUGCACCACCAACAAGAGAUGAAAAUUGCUAACCAGAAGACAAAUUACAUGCAACAAUUGCAUGUUAGCAUUUCGUCAGCACCACUUAGUCCUGCUUCAUCGGGUUAUCACAGUGACAAGGGUAGUCCAGCUUCAUCGCCUUCAUCUGUGCCUGAAGAAAUUCGUGCUGAACUUUGGCGCCCUUGGUGAAAGGAGACAGAAAGGUUUCCGCCCGACCAGAUUGUGAUGAAAAAAGCUUUAUAAAUAGAAAAGUCCUGUGAUAACGAAUAUAGUGAAUUAUUUAGAGAUAAGAAAACUUUAAAAAUAAUAAUAAUUAUGAAACAAAUAAUAAAAAUAAUACAUUGAUU